UCGUCCACCCAAUUUUUACUUCAUUUUUCUUAUUUUCAUUUUUUAACAUUUCACAAAAUUUUAUACAUUUACAGACAUUUUCUUUUAUAUCCAAGAUAUAUUUUUUGUAAAAUGACUCAACGAAAGGACAAUAGUUUAUCAAGUAUUUCUGCUUUAAUUCAUCCAGUUGUUGUUUUAAAUAUUUCUGACCAAUGGACGAGGGCUCGCGUUUGUGGGGCAAUUCUUGGAAAACAGUCUGGGCGGGAUGUUGAAAUUUGGAAUUCUUUUGAGCUUAAAUCUUCUAUUGUUGAAUCUCAUUUAGUGCUUGACGAGGAAUAUUUUGUUCAACGAAAUUUGCUUUAUAAAGAAACUUUUGCUGAAUUAGAAUUUCUUGGUUUUUAUGUUUCUGGUGAUCAUGAACGAGUAAUUGAAGAUGACAUUUAUUUGCAACGUCAGGCUUUGCAACACAAUGAAUCACCUUUCCUUCUUAAAUUUAAUGUCUUUGCUCCUGUCAUUUCUGACAAGGUUGGCUUAAUAAUUUAAAAAUAAAAACUUCAAAUUGUGACUUUCAUUGAGUUAUUUAUUAGAAUCCGUACUUUUGAAAAGCCUGGGCCGGAUCCUGGGCUUAAAGUCACAGAAAAAACCCAGGCCCAGGAAAAAGCCAGGAAGGUAAAAAAUGCCUUGGCCUGGACUCUUGGUACAGGAAACCCCCCAGACCGAUCUCUAUUAUUAUUUUUUCGAACAACGAUAUCCUCCUCAAUUAAAUUCUUUUCGUAUACCCUCCCUUCUUUGGCUUGGUUUCUAGCUGGAAAUUUUUUUGAAACUAUAAGAGCAUUUCGUUCGAAGGAUUAUUAUUUUAAGUACAUUUGU